GAGAAAUUGAAAUCAUAUCCCGCCUCCGCCACACGACAGCCGCAAGACGCGCCACUACGAGAGCAACUGCACAAAGAAUUCGGCGUAGCGCAGAUGAACAAUUCGUCAGAAACAGCUUCUGAUCAGGUGUGGGGCUCAUGUAGCAAGAAGAGUGCUUCUUGUUCUGCGGAUCAUUUGCAGGUGCGAAAAACAAAAACAUCAACAACGUCGUCACACGUCGCGAC